AAUGCAGAUUAUUCGUCUCUUUCGAAGAAUUCGCAGCCUUGCAGCAAGGAAACCUAAGGAACCGAAAAAGAGGAAGCAAAAGAACCUAGGAGUAUGGAUAUCCCUCAAUGAAUCACUGACCGUUUUUGACGAAGAUGCUCGCUUCUGGUGGGAAACGACUGGGCCAAUCCUUGCGCGCAUGAUGGAAUUAAUUGGGUACGAUCAAGAUACACAGCAUAAACAUUUGUUGUUUUACUACAUGUAUAUUCUACCAGCUCUUGGUAGAAGACCCUCGCCCGAAGGCCACCCCAAUGGGUGGGAAAGCUUCAUGACCGAUGACUGCUCCCCUCUUGAAUUGAGUUGGGAAUGGGGCAUGUCAGCCGGAGAGUCACGCGUUCGCUUCUCCAUAGAGCCAAUCGGAAAACAUGCGGGUAAUUCAGCCGACCCUCUGAAUGAGAAGAUGGUAUUUCAACUUAUCGAUACGCUCCGGCCAGCGUUCCACAGCAGUCUGGACCUGACCAUUUUCGACGCAUUCUCCGAGGCUCUGACCACCACCCACAAGAAGCUCGACACAAAACAUAUUUCGGUAAACGGGCGUUCGCAGCACUUUGUUGCUUUCGACCUCGAUGUCGGAACUCCUUCUUUGAAGGCUUACUUUAUCCCUGGCCUGAAGGCGGUCGAGACAGAUACGCCAGUUCCCGAACUGGUGGUCCAAGCAAUCGACUCAUGCAAGGCGCAUCUUGGAUCCAUCUUCAUGAACAACUUUCGCAGGUUCAACUCCGACCUGACGACGUUCUCCAAAACUAGUCCAAGUCGUCCCCAGAUCGAAAUCGUUAGCAUCGACUGUGUCGUCCCCGUCAAGUCACGAGUCAAGAUCUACGUCCGCCACAGAGAAACAUCCUUCGACAGCGUAUGUAGAAUGCUUUCACUGGGCGCCAGUAAACCUCUCGACCCUGCUUCAUUGGCUAGUUUGCGCGAAUUGUGGUCUCUGGUCCUUGGUCUGCCAGAAUACUUCCCCUCGGACCAAGAGCUACCGAACGUCCCGCACCGGACCUCGGGUAUUCUGUACUACUUCGAAAUCAAACCCACGUCAUACGACAUAGUUCCCAAGGUGUAUAUUCCUGUACGUCAUUAUGCCAAGAACGAUCUCUCCAUUGCUCAGGGAUUGGCCACGUACUUUGAGCGUCGCGGACACUCUGCAACAGCGGGUAAAUACGUGCAAGCACUUUCGGAUAUCUUUUCACAUAGAUCUCUCGACUCUGAACUUGGCCUGCAUACCUAUAUCACAUGCUCGUUUAAGAAGACAGGGCUGUCUGUGACUUCAUACUUCAACCCGGAGAUUUACCAUCCAAAUCGGUACAUCUCAUGAGGGUAGUAUAAGGCAGUUUCUUCUAUAUCUCCUUUCUCAUUUUGUACCUUCCUGUGUUUAGCAUAUCUACAUUUCAACUCCCAAGUUGAUUUUUCCUUGAAACCCACAUAUCUAGAUAGUUGCAUAGCGGAUGAUGUUGCAUAACGGAUGGUGUUGUAUGAUCUUUUUAUUCAAGUUACAUAGUCUUUGUAGUCUCUGUAUCAAAUUUCUUCACGCUGAAAUUGUAGUAUACGGUGUUGUAAACGGCGUACGAGGAUGUAGUACAUGGGUAUUUGACUGCGCCACUCUUUGACGUGCAAGUCGAUUGGAUAUAGCUUGGUAAGUACGGAUAGUUUAUUUCAAUCUAGGAUGA